GAUAAGGCCGGCGGCAGUGACACAUCGUUGAAAAUGAAUGAUCGGAAACAGGAGAACGCGCUUGCUGUCGGUGUAACAAAGCAGAACGAGUCGUACGUCUCGGACUUUCGUUACGCCGUCCAGAUAAGCGUUUACCUAUUGAAACCGAUCGGUGCUUGGCCUUUGGCUAACAAUGAAACAUCGAAGCUCAAGAUCAUCCUACACGCAGUGUCGAUGGCAAUGGGCACGUUCCUCAUGUUUUUUUUCACCCUCGUGCCGUGGAUCAUUCAAAUAUGGAAGGAGAAAUUGGGCGUCUUCCUAAUAAUCCGCACGUUAUGUCCGCUGCUCUUCACGACAACGAUCUCCGUGAGAUACGGUCUGCUGCUCUGGUAUCAGGAUCGAAUUAGGUCCUGCGUCGAUCGCGUGGCCGACGAUUGGCGGUGUGCGAUAAUCGCCGAAGAUCGCGAAAUUAUGUUGGCAAACGCUCGAGUUGGCCGCACUUUUGGCAUCAUUUCCGUGGCCUUCAUGUACAGCUGCGGCACGCUUUACUACGCCCUACCUAUAGUCACGCCGAACCUGGUCAAUGAAAACAACGUCACCACCAGACUGCAUCCAUCGCCCUGCGAGUUUCUCGUAUUUGAUUCCAAGGCGAGUCCUGCAUACGAGAUCGUGUACUUCUUACAACUUUUGACCGGUUGCACUGCCUACAGCACGUUCUGCGGCAUUUGCAGCUUGAUGGCCAAUUUCGUCACGCAUUUGUGCGGCCAGUGCGACGUCUUAACGUCGAUUUUAGAGGAAACCGUGGACGGCGGUAAACGCAAUAGUGGUUCAACCAAGAAGCGAAUCGCCACCGCGAUAACCAAACAUUUGCAUCUGCUGAGAUUGGCUUCUGACGUAAGCAGUUUAUUUACCGAGAUAUGCCUCAUGGAAUUCGUGAACGCUUCAUGUAACAUAUGUUUACUUGGCUAUUACAUCAUAACUGACAUGAAUAAUAACGAGUCAUUCGUACAGAUUUUUAUGUAUCUCUUCGCGCUCGUGUCGAUCGUGUUCAACGUGUUCAUAUACUGCUACAUCGGGGAUUUACUCAAGGAGCGCUGCCAGCAGGUCGGAAUCUCAUGCUACUCGAUCGAAUGGUACCGAAUGUCACCCAAGAAGGCGAUAGAACUGCUUAUGCCGAUCGCGAUGUCUCGAUACCCUGUGACGCUCACCGCCGGAAAGAUGAUGCCGAUGACACUUACCACGUUCUCCGACAUUUUAAAAACGUCAAUGGCGUAUUUCAAUUUGCUCCGUGAGUUUUCCGCGCGAGACGUUAUGAGAACGUAAGACACGGCGCGAUGAGAUGACAUUCCGGAAAGGGCUACCAUGCUUAAGAUAUUUAUAAAGCAGAGAAUUAUAUGAAUAGUUUGACAAGUAACGCACGUGUUAGUACAGCACUUAUGAUGGAAUAAAUUAUUUUUCCUCAGA